UGUUGUUGGCGUUCCGUCGCUAAUGUACCAAGUGCCGAAAUGGCAGGUUAUCGAAUAGGAGAGAAAAAUCGUGCCAAAAUAGAAAAGAAUCCCCAACUUCGCUCUCUUAUCUGCCUUUAUUGUGAGUAUUUGUCGAAAGAUCCGACAGUUUUAACGUGUGGACACCGCUUUUGUCGAACUUGUGUGGAAAGCCUUCGUGUUUCGGGUUCCUUUGUAACUGUGGCAUGCCCUAUUGAUGGCCAUUAUGUAAAGUUGGAGGAGUGCCACCAAGAUAAGCUCGCAAUAACACAAAUAAACAAUCUUGUUAUGUCCUGUGAGAUAAAAACUUGCACUUGGCAUGGCAGGGUAUGGCAUUUGGAGGAUCAUAUGAAAGAUUUUCACAAUGGCCACGAAGAGGAAUGUGCAAAGAAUUUGCACCAGGAUGGGGAACUUAAAAGGCUAAGACAGGAGCAACAAGAGGCAGCAAGGAAGAUCAUGGGCAUGGAAGAAAUGCUUGGAAACCAAGAUGUGACAAUCCAUAACAUAAGGAGGCAACUUUCUGUAUUUUCGGAUGCUUUUGUGAACGUCCAAGGCCAUGGUCAGUUGGACAAUAAAGGAAAAUCAACAGGAAAUGUUGAGCUGAGGCAACAACUGAGCACUUUGCAGCAUAAAGUUCAAACUUUGGAAGAACAGCUAAGGGUACAAAAGGAUCAAUGUGGUAAAUACUAUGUUGAGUGUGUAGCUGAAAGUGGUCGCACUUGUGAGGAGCGUAACAUAGAGGUUGAAACUCUUCAGGGCUCUAUCAGUUGUUUGAAGAAACAGCUUGUUGAUGUACAAAAUAAGUAUGCUGCUUUGCAAACCAGCCAUGCUAACUUGCAACAUCGCCUUGAUGCUUUGCAAGCUCAGUUUACAUUUUCUUGAUGUUCACCAGGAGGCACUGAAAUGGUUUUAUUUACAGUUUGAUUGUGCCUCUUUGACAAGUUCUUCAGCUGAAGUAUGUCAUCUUAGUGUCACAAAGUGUCCUAUACUCUUUGUGGAGGGAAAUUUAUUGUGAGAUUACUCCCUGCAAGGCUGUUGCAGAUUUCAUUCUUGAUUCCUAUCAAAGGUGAUUAUGCCUGUGUUUUUACAGUAAUGUAUGGUGCUUGUUGUAACCCCUAGUCUUUGAAGUAGGUCCUUUGAGAUAGCCCUCAUUUAUUUUUGUGACUCUUGAGGGACAUAGUCGAAGUUUGUUUGUUAUGAAAAGCAAUGUUUCAUUUCUCUUUUUUUUAAUGAAUUAGUGCUACUUUCAGACAUUAGGAGCCUAUCCUGUCUAUUAUUAUCCAUUAUCUGCAUUACUUUGUAUCAAACACAGCUUUUAUCACACUGAAAUCUGCAAUUUUGCUGGUAACUGGUAUUCAUGUUUAAUUUUCAUCAAGAUCCAAACUUCAUUCCCAUGUUCCUGACAAGGAAAAAGCUGUUUGUUGUUAGUAGGGCCAGUUUACAAAAUUUGUGAUCUUUUCUUUUUAAUCGGUACCUUUAAGUUUGAAUUGGUAGUGCUAUUGUAUGGAGAAAUUGAUCGUUGGUAAUUCUGUAGGGAUUAGAGAGUAGAUGUGUUUUUAUACUAGGUCACACCAACUUCUUUAACCUGUUGGCUCAUGUUUUGGAAGGAAUUUAAUGAUAACACCGUGGGAAAUUUCAGAAAAAGGAAGGAGGAUACUUUUGGAUUAUGAACAAGUGAUUUUUCCAACUUCAUAGGUAGCAUAUUUCCUAAAAUAGGUGCCCACACUCCAUGAAGUGCCCCCCCCCCCUCCUCUCUCAAUUUCUUAAAUAGUAAAGAUACAAGGAAAAAUGAUUCUAUUGCCAAAAUUGACCAGAAUCAAGCUUUACCUACUGCAGUACAAGAGAAUAGUUAGAGAAUAUUCUUCUAUUGUCCAUGUGGUAACUCAAGAAUUAUCAUAUUGGUUAGCAGUAGAUGUGGUUGGAGCAUCAUAAAUUGUUGUUCCACUGUAGUGUAAUAGAGGGUUGGACCCCAUGAGUCUAUAUGACAGUACUUAUUACUAAUGACUUGAUGUAAAACAGUGCAAAAAUCAUUUUAAUACAACUCAAACACCCUUGAGUGUUUGAUGGCAAUUUCGAAUUUUAUCAGGAAGAGUUUUUUGUCACCUUAUUUUGAGGCUAUUUUCUUAGAGUCUCAUUUUAUAAGAGUCUCGUGAGACGAUGAAAAACUCGUAAAGCUUCUUAAGCUCUAAAUUGUAAUAUUUUUAAAGGGUUUUGUAAAGGUGGAAAUAACAUAGUAGUUUGUUAGACAAACGAUUUCAGGGUAACGAAGUUAGUAUAAAUUUGUAUGGUAUCACCAAUACCGGUUAUUCAUUGCCACCCUAGUUUUCUAGUAGUUUUGGUAUCAUAAACUAGAAUAACCUAUUGAAACAAAAAAAUUGUUACGUAUUAGAAAAG